AUUUGAGCAUUGACAAGACCCACAAAAUAAUGAGAUCACAUUUGAUGCUGCUACUCUCAUAUUUUGAUGUGAUUAUUAGGGGUUUAUUGUUUAUAAUAUGAGUUGCAGUCAGCAAAAUAGAGAAGUGGGACAGAAAAUGGUGGGCACACUUAUCUCCUCUGCCCACUGUGAUUAUGCAUUAAUCACAGCUCACUAAAAUGGCAAGAUAUUUCAAAUUUAUUUUCCAAUAUUUAAUUCUUGACAAUUUGUCUCCAUCAAGUCAAAUAUAUCUAAUCUUUUUCUCUUUAUUUUUUUCUCUUUGGAAAAUGACCAUAGGAAUAGGUAAAUGUUAGUGAUAUUGCCAUUAAAUAAUCAGUUCAUUGAUUCAUUCAUUUCAUUGUCUCAUAUUGUUUUGUUUUCAGAUGCAUCUUUUCUUCUCAUUCACUUCUUCUUAAUACUACUAUAUAAAUAUAUUUUUCUUUUACAAUUUAAUUCUCACCAUUAGAGGUGCCACUCUCUCUCUCUCUCUCUCCCUUAUUUGAAUUUGUACCCCUUUUCUUUGGUUGCUUGUAUUUCACACCAUGGGGCUCGUUGACUUGGGCUCAGCUAAAUUCCACCAUGGGUUCUCCCCCACCUUUACCGUUACCUUCUUCUUUACAUGUGAGGUCUAAAUAGCAAAUGUUUCUUUGCACACACAUCGGCAUUUCUGUGUUAGAGAGAGAGAGGGGGAGAGGGAGGAGUCGUAGGAGGUAUAAGAGGGGUUAGACUUGAUAAAGAUUGUUUUUUUUUUUGGUGUGUGUGUGUGUGUGUGGAAAGAUUAGAAUAUAGGUAUGCAGUAGUUGUUCAAAGAUGCAGUCUUUUCUAGCUUUUUUAAUUUCUUGAUUUGUAGGUUUGUUUGGAGGGGUUUCAUUUUAGCUGUUAUGAACAGUACAAGAUUUGAAAAUUUCUGGUAUUUGCAGUUGUGGGACACUCAAAUAAUUAGAAGAAAGAGUAGAGAGCGGUGUAUUUCAAAAAAGGAAAGGCGAAUUGGGGUGUUUGGCUUUUGUACAGUAGGCAGCAAACAAUAGCAAAAAAAGGGUAAAAAUGAUAACUCCAGGCAUAAAUUUAGUGAUGACUGUGAUUGGAUUUGGAUUGAGUAUCAUGUUCAUAGUGUUUGUGUGCACGAGGCUGAUUUGUGCUAGGAUACAAUUGAGUGCAUCACGCAGGUCUCUUGCCAGGGCAAAUAGAUCUGAUCUUAGCAAUUUGGAGAGGGGUUUUCAUGGUCUCGAGCCUCUAGCGCUGGCCAACUUUCCUAUGAUGAAGUAUAGAGAAUUAUGUUUGUCCUCAGAAGAAAAUGCUUGCCAGAGAUGCACGGUGUGCUUGGGCGACUACCACGACGAAGACACGCUGUGUGUGCUGCCAGUGUGCAGGCAUGCAUUCCACGCAACGUGCAUUGGGAUCUGGCUGCAGCAGCAAUCCACGUGUCCCGUUUGUCGGAUCUCUCUGCUCGAGCUUCCGGAGAGGAAGUGGUAUAUGCAGCCGAUGUUUAGCCAAGCAGUGCGGUCUCAGCACCGGAUGCAAUCAGUUAACGCGCACUAUUGCCACUGCAUGGCAAACGGGAAUAGGCAGCUGUCCAACCACCAUGUCGAGGAGCCAUCGGAGGGAGGCGCAGGGCACAGCAACGGUCGUGAAAAGAGUCGAAAACCAGAGAGCCCGUCGUCGAACCAAUAGUGAGCCAUUAUCCGACCAGAUCUUUGGAAUUGGUUUCACCUUGGCUUUCUGUAAAUAUGCUGUUGGUUUCUGCUCCUGUAUUUUCCUCUUCUUUUCUCCUUUUACUUCAUUUGGAAAGCAAUGUCAUAUAUAUAGUUCCUGCUUGUCUUAUUA